UUUGUAUAUAUACAUAUAUGCCCCAAAAGAAUGUGCCGAUUAGCUCAAACUUAAAUACAUUUACAUGAAACUUCUUUGGAAUUAUUAUCCAUAAGUUUCUUUUGUUCUUCUCUUCUCCUUCUCUUUUUCUUUACCAAGAUCUAUGGGUGCAGGUAGUAAAGAACAAAUGCUUCGAGGUCCAUGCUCGAUCACAAAAUAUGACAACUACACAAAAAGGGAAGAUAGCUGGGUAAUCAUGGAAGGAGAUCAUGAUGAUAUGUACGACACAACAUCCUCGACGUCGAUUUCGAACAGAUCAUCGACAUCUUCAUCGGACUUAGUAGAUGAUGCAUCUUCAUCAUCAAUGUCGUCGUCAUGUUCUUCUUGCCUUCAUUCUCAUGGAUCGUUGUUCGACUUGUCAGAUCUCAUGGAUCAGCUACCCAUCAAGAGAGGACUUUCAAAGUAUUUUGAAGGCAAGUGCCAAUCCUUUACAUCUUUAUCAAAGGCCAAGAGCAUUGAAGAUCUUGCAAAGAAAGAGUCUCCAUAUAAACAAAGAAAGGCAAUAAAAGCAAGCAAGAGCUAUGGCGGUGGCUUGAGUUCUUACAGAUCGUACACACUUCCGAAGGCCACCAUUUCUAAGAGUAAGAAGCCAUCAACUACUACAUCUUUUUCCAGCAGAUCUGGAGGCAGCUCUUUCGGCAUAAAUAACAAUAUGCUCCCUCGAAUUCCAGUAAGAAAGUAGUUUUACAUACGUACGUGUGCCGGUGUGCACGUAAACUACACAGUGUAUACUUGUUAAUAUAUUUCUUUUUUUUUUUUUGGGUGGAAGUACACUUGUUAGUAUUUUGAACGUCUCCCGUCUGUGGACCUUGCUACUGGCUUUUACACAGAAAAAACAGAUAUUAUAUUUGUUCUUCA